GUUGUGAAAUUGAUAGUUCUAAUAACAUAAUAAUGUUUUUAACGACAUCCUGGUUAGUAGAUUUGGUUUUACUCCUUUUAUUAGUGGUGUUUAUAUUAUACAAAUAUUCUACGAAAAAUUUUGAUUACUGGAAAAAACGGGGAGUGUUUUACGUAAAACCGAUACCUGUAUUUGGAAAUUUCUACGAGAUACUUACAUUUAAAACAACUAUAGCGGAAGGUUUAAGAGAUCUUUAUAAUCAAACUGACGAACCUUAUUUAGGAGUUUUCGUGUUCCACAAGCCGGUAUUACUGCUGAGAUCUCCUGAUCUCAUAGAAAACGUUCUGAUAAGAGAUUUCAGUUAUUUUAGGAACCGUAGCUUAGCGUGUCCGCGACAUAAUCCCAUGACUGGUAGUUAUUUAGUUUUCCAGAAGUAUAAAGAUUGGAAAAAAAACAGACAUAAACUUGCCCCUAUUUUCACUAGUGGAAAGCUGAAAAAAUUGUCGUUGAUAGCAAAAAAUGUAUGCAACGAUUUGAAGGAAUAUAUUGACAGAAACAUACAUUUAACUAUAGAUGCAAAGGUAUUGAGUCAUAAAUAUACAACUGAAGUGAUAUCUCGAUGCUUCUUCGGCAUCAAUGCUUAUUGCUUCAAAAAAGAUGAUUCGGAUAUUCAAGGUAUUUCUAGAAGAAUAUUUGGAUUUUCUGCUAGGAAUGCCAUAAUUCAGGGAUUAUAUAUUUUCAAUCCCGAUUUGGUUGAAUUUUUCAAAUUAAAUUUUAUAAAGAAGCAGGAUGAAGACUAUAUCAUAAAGGUGCUUAAGGAGGUGAUUGCAGUGAAAAAAGCGAGUGGGAAAAAUAACGAGAAGGCUUUUGAUUACAUAGAUAUUCUGGUAGAAGCCUCGGACCAAUAUGAGAGCGAAAAAAAUGAAACUAAUAAAGCAGCACUGACUGAAGUAUUGGCAAACGCCUUACAAUUUUUCAUUGCUGGUACGGAAACGACUAGUGCAUUAAUUUCAUUCACAUUAUACGAAUUGUCGAUCAAUACUGAAAUUCAAGAGAGAGUUCGCCAAGAAAUUACAAACAUUUUAAAGAAGAAUAAUGAAAUUAGUUACGACAGUGUACAGAAUAUGGAGUAUUUGGAGUGUUGUUUACUAGAAACUAUGAGAAAAUAUGUUUCACUCCAAGUCAUCGAUAGGGAGGCGACUGAAGAUUAUGCGGUACCAGGUGGAAAUUUGGUUAUUGAAAAAGGAACAACUGUAUACGUUCCGUUCUAUGCUAUUCAUAACGAUGAAAAAUAUUUUCCGAAUCCCAAAGAAUACAAUCCAGAUAGAUUUAUAGGAAAAGAUGUCAUGGGGAAAUUUUUGAAUUUUAUUCCGUUCGGAGCUGGACCAAGAAUAUGCAUUGGGGACCGUUUCGCAAUGAUGAUUUCAAAAUUAGUAAUGGCAACUAUACUCACGUCUUACGAAGUUCAAAAAACUGAAAGUACACCUGUACCUAUGGUACUGGAAACACGAAGCUUUGUUUUCCAGUCAAAAUACGGACGAGGCGAGUUUGAGAUGCUGAUAACAUCGUUUUGGACUAUAGAUUUCAUUUUGUUUUUGAUUUUUAUAACCUACUUGAUUUACAAAUAUUCAACAAGAAACUUCAAUUAUUGGAAAACUCGUAAUGUUUAUUAUGAAACUCCGUUACCUCUAUUUGGGAAUUUCAAAGAUGUAAUUGUUAUGAAAACAACUAUAGGCGAGUGGUUGAAAGAAGCCUAUGACAGAGCCAAAGAUGUACCAUAUUUUGGAACAUUCAUUUUCGAUAAACCGACAUUAGUGAUCAAAGAUCCUCGGUUGAUAAAAAAUAUUAUGAUCAAGGAUUUCCAUAAUUUUACUGACAGAACUAUAGCCUGUCCAGAGCACGAUAAAGUAGUAUCGAAUAUCUUAUUUGUGAUGCCCAAUCCCCAAUGGAGAGAUGUCAGAUCACGACUUUCCCCAGUAUUUACCUCGGGUAAAUUGAAGGGGAUGUUUCCAAUACUUGGUAAAACUGGUGAACGUCUACAAAAAUAUUUAUACGAUAAGCAAGGGACAAUAGAGGCUAAAGAAGUAAUGGCGAAAUUCGCAACGGACGUAAUUGCCGAAUGUUUUUUCGGAAUUAAAGCGCAUUGUUUCGACGACGAAAAUGCCAUAUUCAGAGUACUGGGACGAGCCAUAUUUGAUUUUAGAUUCAGAAAUGCUUUUGCGCAAACAGCAUAUUUUUCAAUGCACAAUUUGGUGAAAUUGUUCAAGAUCAAUUUUUUCGAUACCUGGGUGGUUGACUAUUUCACUAAUAGUUUUGAGAAAGCGUUCGAAGCAAGAGAAGGGACGAAAGAGAGAAAAAAUGAUUUUAUUGAUAUUUUACGUGAUAUGAAAACGAAGGACGAGGAUUUUAAUGUAGCGAAGCUUCAUGGCGCUAGCAUGCAGUUCUUUGCGGCAGGAUUCGAAACUACUAGCGCAACAAUUUCCUAUACUUUACACGAGCUUUGCUUGAAUAAAACCAUCCAAAAUAAGCUUAGAACGGAAAUUAUGACAAACAUCGAAGAAAAUGGAGGAAUUACGUAUGAAGGUGUUAAUGCUAUGAAAUAUUUAGAUUUGUGCAUUAAAGAAACUCUCAGGAAGUAUCCCGUUCUGCCGUUUUUGGAUAGAUCUUGUUUAAACGACUAUAAACUGCCCGAUACAGAUUUAGUAAUUGAAAGAGGCACUUCAGUGUAUAUUCCUAUGUUCGGUCUUCAUAAUGAUCCCAAAUAUUUUCCACAACCUCUUAAGUAUGAUCCAGAACGUUUUCUGAACAAAAUAUACAAUUCUGAUGGAUUAGUUUAUAUUCCUUUUGGAGAUGGACCGCGAAACUGCUUAGGGGAACGAUUUGGUUUAAUGGCAACAAAGUUAGGAGUGAUAUACACCUUGAUAAAAUUUGAAGUGGAACCGUGCGAACAAACACCUGAUCCCGUAGUGUUUGAAGCAAAAAGUUUGGUUCUCCAAUCAAAAGUUGGUUUGCCAAUGAAAUUUAAAUACAUCAACCCUACUCCAGCAUAAUGAAGACAUGGGAAUUAUUUGGAAUUAAUCAAAUUAUAAUCGCGAAUUUGUAUAAGAACUAAUUUGAAAAUAAAAUUAUUUUUAUAAAA